AUGCUAAAACGGUACUUCUCUUCAUCACGCAUCAUGUCCAAAUCUUUAAAGGACAUUGCGUUGGCUUCGAACUUCAAGCCUGCCAGCAGGCUUGGAGACAAGGAUUUGAAUCCACAUACUUUGGUUGCUAAAUAUGCAGUUCGUGGUAAAAUCCCUACAAUGGCCGAACAACUAAAGGGAACAUUACAAUCUGAUCCGGAUGCUUUACCAUUUGACAAGAUCAUUUUUUCAAAUAUUGGCAACCCUCAACAAUUGGGCCAAAAACCAAUCACUUUUUAUAGACAAGUCCUUUCGUUGAUUGAGUACCCUGAUUUAUUAGAAAAUGAAAAGGCUAAGGAAAUCUUCCCCCAAGAUGCCAUGGACCGAGCAAGAGAAAUAAUGCAAAAUUUGUCCUCUGUGGGUGCAUAUUCUCAUUCCAAGGGUGUCAAGUAUUUCAGAGAUACCGUUGCUAGAUUCAUUGAAGACAGGGAUGGAUACCCUGCAGAUCCAGAACAAAUAUAUCUAACUGCCGGAGCUUCAACUGCAGUUUCUUAUCUACUGAGCCUUUUAGCUGAUGGCCCCAAAACUGGUUUUUUGAUUCCAAUCCCUCAAUACCCACUUUACACCGCCAGCUUAGCCUUAAAUAAUGCAACUGUGUUGCCGUACUAUUUGAAGGAAUCUGACAACUGGUCUGUUUCUGCUUCUGAGAUUGAAGAUUCAAUUGUUGAAUCCAAAGAAAAGGGCAUAAUCCCAAGGUGCAUAGUUUUGAUUAAUCCUGGUAACCCAACAGGUGCUGUUUUGUCUGAAGAUGCAAUUGCAGAGAUUGUAGAUGUUGCUGCUAAACAUGGUUUGGUUAUUAUUGCGGAUGAAGUUUACCAAGAAAAUAUAUAUGAAGGUGAAUUUGUUUCUGUUAGGAAGGUCCUCAAGAAAUUACAAGAAUUGAACCCAUCGAAAUAUGAAAACACCCAGCUAGCUUCCCUCCACUCAACUUCAAAGGGUAUGAUUGGUGAAUGUGGUCAAAGAGGUGGUUAUAUGGAGUUGAUUGGUUUUGAUGACUCCGUCAUUCAACAAGUUAUUAAGUUGGCCUCAAUCUCUUUAUGUCCUCCUGUGGUUGGACAGGCGUUGAUCUCCUUAAUGGUGAAUCCUCCUCAUGAAAAUCAUCCUUCUCAUGGUAUUUUCCAUAAUGAAAAAUGGGGAAUUUAUAAACAAUUGAAGGAAAGGUCCCAUAAUUUAUUUUUAGCCUUCAACAAAAUGGAGGGUAUUUCUUGUCAGGAACCUCAAGGUGCUAUGUAUUGCUUCCCGUCUUUGACUUUGUCCGAGAGAGCCCAGGCAGAAGCAAGAAGGGAAGGCAUGGAGCCAGAUGAAUUCUACUGUGUUAAGUUGCUAGAAAAUACUGGUAUUUGUACUGUUCCGGGUUCUGGUUUUGGUCAAGUUCCAGGCACUUGGCACUUAAGAACCACUUUCUUAGCCCCAGGUUCGGAAUGGAUUGAAGAGUGGGCUAAGUUCCAUCAAAGAUUUAUGGACGCAUAUAGAAAUUAA